AUGGCGACAUCGAGACCCAAACAUAUUGAGCCCGAGCAUCUAAGAUUCGAAUUCCUUCUUCGCCAUGUUGAUGAUGAACCUUCGAUUGCCGAUACACGGCCCCUCACCGAAGCUGUCCGAAGAAUCAUCCAAACCGCCGUGAAUUUUGCGGUAGUUGGUGAAGUCGAUGGUGCAACUAGGCUUCUGGAAACACUUACGAUCAGGGGUAUUGAUCCAUUUCAGUACUCUGAUUUUGAAUAUCCUUUCUUGAAGCCCUGCAUGUUUUUCGCCUGGGAAGCAACGUCGUCGUGGCCUUCUUGGGUCCCAGAGGAGGAACGCGCCGAAGAAAAGCUUCAAGAGCUCGAAGCUGAAGGAAGAAAACACUGGCUUGAGAGAUUCAGUCAAGAAUGGGAAGUCACAGAAGAAACUGCCGAAAAGGCUUUAGACAUGGCGUAUAACGGUUUGACUACGAACCUGCCUGACUACAAUGGAGCACUCGCCAGACAGGUCAUACAGGCAGAAGCCAUGGCUGCUAAUGGUGACUUCUCAUAUUCAGCGAGUCCAAACGGACCGAUGGCUAUUAGAUACAUGAAGAUAGCCAUGUGGUGGCGUCAAGGCAUUUUCCCAUACCCAUUUGUUUAA